CCCUACCCCCAAUCCUUUGAGGGAAAAAAACCAGUACUUUCCACUCUCAAUUCAAUUUUUUUUUUUGAAAAAAACCCUUGUUCUCUUUUUUUUUUUCCUCUGAAGAAAAACAACCCUUUUCGGCUUUUCCCUUCAUCUUCAUCAUUUUGAAGAAGAAUAAAGAAAUAGAAUGUGUAUGGUGUUCGUGUUUGGGGAAGAGAAGAGGGAGCUCGGUCGGCAACAAGCGCCGGGAAUGUGUCCGUACUGCGACGGGAAAGUGGAGGCGAUCGACGUGGAGACGAAGUGGUUCCUAUGCUUCCUGCCUCUAUGCCUCAAGAUCAACCGCAAAUUCUUCUGUUCCUCUUGCGACCGCCGUCUCGUCCUCUAUUACUGAACCCCCAAACCCUAAAAAAUUUCGCAGACGAGAGUUUUUCGUUUUUUCGUUUUUACCCCCUCGUACUUUCGAGGUUUUUCCAGAGGUCCCUCUGUGUUUAGGGUUCUUGCAAAAACACCCCUUUCUCCUCUGUGUGUGUGUGUGUGAUAUUGUUUGAUUUGAGAUUUCGCAAGUUAUUUUGUAUGUUUUCAUAUAUGUAUUUUUUGUGGAAUAAAAUUGUUGUAAGAUUUUGCUGUGAUUGCGGUUC